AUGCCGACCGAAAUUCUGCAAGGCGGUUUGCCUUACACUUACCUGGCACCUCCUUGUUCAUGCAAAAUUUGCUGCAACUCUUUUCGCGAUCCAGCCGUGCAAGUCCCUCCAAGCGGAGCGUCCUAUUCCCUGGAAUUGACAGAUUCGCAAUCGAAGUCUAUUGCUGCCGAACAUCUCCAAAAUAUCAAGCAGGAUCUGACUUACUUGCGUGAGCAAUGGUCUUCGAAUGGAAAGACAAUUGCCAGUCGUUGGAAGAAGAAGAGUCGUGACAAACGCGUGGGUUACUUGACCACUGCUGACCCCAACCUUUUCGAGAAGCAAUGGUUUGCACCCAUGUUCACGAAUAAAGAGCUUGGUCGCCCAACCCAGUUUGACGCGAGAAAGUAUCGCCAGAUAAUCUUGCUUGAUUACUUGACCAUUGAUGGACUCAAAAGCGAUCCUACCAGGUUGCUUGGCCUUCUCCAGAAUCGAACUCUCCAUGGACCAGAAGAAUGGGCGAUACACGACAAUCAGAGGUUGAAUUGGGGCUGGAAGCUAGGCUUUCUCGAUAUCGAUGCUUCAAAUCUCUGCAUGUUUAUGCAUGGCCCUCGAUAUGGUGAACUGGUGGAAUGGGACGCAAGAGCAGCGCAUGCUGAAGAAAUCAUCGGUUUUCCUCGAGCGAGGAUGGUACUUGAAGCCCAAGAGAUUCUUCUCAAGUUUAUUCGCAAAGUUGUCGAACAGCUUGUAGAAGGUAUCAAGCCUGAUUCGGACCAACCCAGUCUUCCCCUAUUCCGGGUCGAGUUGAAACGCAGCGGUCGAAUCGAUCUAUGGUCAACAUAUGUCAACCAGCCAUUUUCCCCACCGCCGUUCUUUGACAUCAACGAUAUGAUGGAAAAGGCUAUUGCUAGAAAAAAUAUGGUUGGUGAUCAUCUUUGGUUGAUACAAACAGACCCUGCAUACUUGCGAAGGGUGAUACAAAUGGCUGCUGAAGGAUACCCUGAAGGUCAUCCAACAGAAGAGGUUCAUGACUUUGCGGUUGCUGAAAUCUACUACAACAUUUGGUGUUAUUGGUCAUGGGCAACAAUUGUGGAAGCUUGUGUUAAUGUGAGAACAAUGCAGCUCAAGUUUCGAGAUUUCAUCUAUCCUGGACGGCCACUGCCCCCAAAGUACGAACAGGUCCUACAGGAAUUGGAAUUGCUCCUGGAUUGUCAAUUUCGGCUUCGUCUGGAACCUUUGCCUAUGAUGUUAUCGUGGCGACCGGGUUUUCGCAAAUAUUUCAAGUUCGACCAUUCUCAUCCCGAUCAAGUUGCCAUCACAGGCUUAAUAGACAUUCCAAAAGUACACUCUGAAGAUCCGCUCUUCUUCAUCCUUCAUACUCUGCCGAUCGAUCCAGAUGCCGUUGCCCCUGAAAGUUCUGAUCUGGCUACAAAAUGGGCAUUCCUGGAGGACCAUCUCACCAAUACCACACAAGCAGAUUCCGCCCGACUUGAUGAAAUCCUCUAUGAAAGAUAUGCAGAUUAUGCAGCCAUACAGGAACUUUUCGCCAACGUCCACCGGCAUCUUCCAAUGCCACCGCUGCUUGUGGAGCUCGACUCUUUCGAGCCUGAAAAUAUUCAAAGUCUAGGUCGUCCGACAGUGCUGCGGCACCAAAUCGAAAGAAUCACCGAGGAGUAUUAUAUGCGCCCUCACGACAAGAAUGGGUCCAAAGCGCUUCUCAGGUUCACAAAAGCUUUUGAUAGCCAUCUCACCAAAGCAGACCUAAAUGAUCAAAUGAGAUUAGAACAAUUCAACUCUACCAGAGCCGCGUUAACCAAUUUCUGGUCCCUGAUCCGUCGAAAACGCCAGUCAGCAUUCAAGAUGAGAGGAAAGGUUUGGUCUGCUGAGGACAUAGCCGAAGACUUGAAGCUUAUUUCAGCUGAUCUCGAAUCAAGUUACCAAGACAUAUUUGCGGAAGAGCGACAAAAGAUUGUCGAUCGCAUACAGCGCCUAUCACACCAUCCUCCUCCAAAUUACUUGGAGCCAGCUCAGAGAGAAUGGGGCUCAACUCCAAGUGCUCCAUCUGCCUCUACAAAGGCUAAUUCGCGAUCAAAGAAAUCAAAGACGCAAAAGAACCCGGAGCAGCUUCCCAACAUCGAGAAACUAUCCAUUGCGACACACAAGGUCAAAGAAACUACCACAGCCAAGCCAUUUCCAAUCAAAGCACCAACUCUUCGGAUUCUGAACACCAUGUUUUCGAGCACCGCAGAAGCAGCUUCAAAACUAAUCAAUUGGGAUGAUUUUGUCAUGGCAAUGUCAGAUGUCGGAUUUAAAUCUCGGCAAACUACAGGAUCCGAAGUUGUCUUCCAACCAGAGGAGAAUGAUAGAGGUUGGAGUGGCAGAAUCAACUUUCAUAAGCCGCAUCCCGUUGGAAAAAUUGAUUGUGUCAUGAUGAGAGCUAUUGGUAAGAGAAUGGGUAGAUGGUAUGGUUGGAAAGAUGGAUUGUUUGUUCUAAAGGCAAAAUAA